CGAAUAGCUGUGUUGUGUUUCAGGUUUUACAUCGCUGAGUUGACGUGUGCCAUCGAUUACGUGCAUUCGUUAGGAUUUAUCCAUCGUGAUAUCAAACCGGAUAAUAUCCUGAUCGAUCAGCACGGUCAUAUCAAGCUCACCGAUUUUGGCCUCUGCACUGGUCUUCGAUGGACACAUGACAGGCGGUACUACGGUCCGGAGAACGUCUCUGAUCCAGCCCACGUCCGCGUCGACUCCUUCUCCUUACCAGCAGAUGUAGCGGCCAUGGAGCAAAAUAUGAAGGUGCUCAAUAUUCGCCAUCAGAAGAAACGUGAUCAAGCGCAUUCCGUGGUAGGAACCGGUAACUAUAUGGCACCAGAAGUGAUCCUGAAG